AUGGAGAAUUCACGGGAGACCCGCAGCGCACCAAAGCUCGUUAUCCCAAAACGAAUUUUGCGAACUUCAGGAAAUGUUUCAAGCGGAAAGGAGGUGCCGUAUUUUACCUUGAGCAAUGGCGGCUCUAAGGACAAGGCGGAAGUCAUCUUUGACUAUGGCCGAUGCGAAGGCGGCUUUCCUGUCUUCGCCAUUGAGUCUGCAACAGCGUCCGAAGGACAGCAACAAGUCGCGUUUCAAGUCACUUACAGUGAGACUGUAGAGGGAAUUGACAGCGAGAAUGGCGAUGGCCCAUUCUUCUUGUUCUCCAAUGCCAUGGACAGCUAUCGAGUUUGCCAACACCACGUCACCGCCACGAACGAUACUCAAACCGUCAAACCUCGAUUUACUCAAGCGUCCCAGAGGUAUCAAAAGAUUACGCUGCUGGACUCCAACUCGAGUAUCGUGUUCUCCAAGGUCGGCUUCCAAGCCGUGCGUCCUGAUGCCACUGUCAAAGCCAACUUCCACUGCUCUGACGAAACCAUCAAUCGUAUCUGGAGAGAUGGUGUUCGAACCGUCGACUUGUGUACCGUCGCUAGAAAAGAGACUGUUCCAGCAUGGGAUGUUACUGACGAGGGCACUCGUGUUUACGGAAGCCACUGGGCACCGUGUCGCCAGGGUACGAGAUGGAAGGACUACAAGGUCACGUUCUUGACAAAGGUUGAGGAACAUGGUGCGAGCUGGGCAGUUCGCAUGAUUACAAACGGUCUCAUAUUCUGCUUGGAUACCAGGAGCAGAACGUUGACAGCCGUGGAGGGACUGUCGAACAAAUCAUCUAUCUUACCGUCGAUUGAGAGAGGGUCAUGGCAAUUGCCAGAGACCCUGGACCUGUCAGGAUGGUUGACCAUCGAGACCAUGGCGUUGGAAGAUCGCGUUACUGUCACUAUUGGAGGCGAUGAGGUUGCUACUGUCAGGGACAUUUAUGUGAAGGCGAUGCUUGGAAACGGGCUUGUCAACAACGGCUCUAUCGCAUUUGGUGGGCCGCCGGGUUGGGUUGCACUCUACCGAGAUCUAUUAGUCGCAGAUCACGUCGGACAGAUUCUCUACGAGAACUCGCUAUUACUGCCCGAUGCUCUUCAUACGUUUGAUGACUUCCAGGUUGGAACAAACAAGCUCGCCUGUAUCAUUGAUGGUGCAAAGAGAGACCGAGCUUCCUUCGGUGGUGAUGCCUUUGUUACCGGGCGGUCGAUUGCAUACUCCACCACUGACUUUGAAGCGUGGAAAGGGACUAUACAGCUUCUUCUCAGUCACCAAACCAAGGAAGGGUAUCUUGGCAACCUCUGUCCCAUCCAGGCUCCAGAGCACGAUGGCGCAGACGACCCGCCGCACUACGGUCACUACAGUCUGACGUAUGCACUGUUACUGGUCGUCUCGAUCAAGGAUUACUGGCUGCAUUCGGGCGAUUGGUCUCUCGUUGAGAAGUCAUAUCGUCAACUUGAACGACAGAUGGAGUUUACAAAGAGGUUCUUGAAUUCUGAUGGUUUGGUGCAAGCCCCGCCGUAUCUCUCGAUGACGUGGUUCCCCAUGGGCGGCCCUGUCUUUGGUGUCUCAACCGGACUGAACCUUGCAUAUCUUGAUGCCCUAAAUGCCAUGGCAUCAAUGUCUACAAAUAGUGAAGCCGCAUCUCAAUAUGUCUCUCAAGCAGCGGCUCUGAAGGAAUCCUUGAUCCGUAUGCUUUCGAAUAAUGAGCAAGGUACCAUGCGACCUGCUCUAUCUCUGGGCCCUGACGGAGUCUUCCAAGACGUCAACGCGUAUGCUGCGACUCUAGGUGUAUCCCCAGACCAUCCAAAAUUGGUAGAGGGCAUAUUUCCAGCCAGUGAAUCUUUACCUUCCGCAUUCAGAGGUCUCGAUAAAUGGGACAAGUUUGGACUUACCAGUCCCUACGCAUCUGGCUUUGCACUAGAAGCUCUCUUCGCUAAGAGCGAGGGCAUGAAGGCAUUAGAGCUGUUAUCUCAGGUAUGGGGCGACAUGGCGGACCAGGAUAACCCGAACUACUCUGGGGCUCACUGGGAAGCUAUGAAAACUGAUGGUUCGCCUUUCAAUCAUGAUGUAUCACUUGCUCAUGGGUGGUCUUCGUGGCCAGUCUUUCUGCUACCAAGAUAUCUUGCUGGAGUAUAUCCUCUCGAGGCUGGCUGGAAAGGGAUUGGUGUCGAGCCUGUUCUUGCAGGCCUGGAGGAGGUGGCAUAUUCACUCGAGACUCCUCAAGGGUCCUUUUCAGCGGUAGUACGUGUGAGUGAGGCGCAGGGACAAGGCAGCAUUAAGCUGUUAGUACCUCAUGGUAGUACUGCCGUAGUCAAGGCUCCGGAGGGCUGGAGUUUGGAAAAUGAUGGUGUAAUUCAAGGCUCUGGAACAGAGAUAUCUGUAAAGCUGUUAAAGCAGGGCCUAUAG